CACCGUCCCAACACACACACUUUCCUCUGACGGAGCAGUACAUACACCAAUAGCAGUAGGUCCAGGACGGGCAAUAAGCAGGGAGGGACUUCCUUCAGGUCCGCUGCAGCUCGGUGACACGUAACUAAAGCUAAAGGUGUCGUGCAAAGCUAAUAGGGUGAAAGUAAACAGAGCUGUAUGGGAAACUUUUCCUCCAUCCUGGAAAUGGAUGUUCCACACCAGAGGAUCUGCUUCCAUCUGACCUGGAAAAUCCUGGUUUAAAUGACUGCUCUUGGAAUGUAAAGCCCAUAAAGAGGGGAAAGUUUUUUGGAGAAAGUUGUUGUGUAUGCUCAGCGUGGAGGAGAACAUGGGCAGUGGGGUUUGCUCCAGAAAGCAAAGGAAAAUCUUCCAGUUGUUGCUUCUCACCACUGUGGUUUUUGUCCUCGUUUAUGGAGGAAUGAUUUGGUAUGAAAUGCACCAGCAGCUCAAGAGGACGGAAGCCCUGGCUCUGAAAUACCAGCAGCACCAGGAGUCUCUCUCAGCCCAACUCCAAGUGGUGUAUGAGCAUCGGUCUAGGCUGGAGAAAUCGCUACAGAAAGAACGGCAAGAGCACAAAAAAUCCAAGGAAGAUUAUCUGGUUUAUAAACUGGAGGCGCAGCAGUCACUGAAUAAGGAGAAGCAAGAUGCCAGCAGCAGGAUUAACUCUCUACACACACAGCACCAGAUGCUGAAGAAUCAGCAUGAGGAGCUGAAGAAACAGUUCUAUGAGCUGCAGGAGCAGCAUCAUGCUCAAGGUGAAGACCACAGUAAGGUUGUGGAUGAUCACCAGCAGAGAUACGAGCGAUUACAGCAGACUAAAGAGAUUGAGAUCUCUAAACUCAAAGAAAGUGUUUAUAACCUGCGGGAAGAGAACAGGCAGCUGAGGAAGGCUCAUCAGGAGAUCCAUGUGCAGCUUCAGGAUACAAGGCAACAGCACAAGAACUUAAAAGCAGCCCAUGAUCAGCUUGCAUUGACCCUGGAGGACCACAAGAGUGCGCUAGCAGUGGCUCAGGUCCAGGUGGAUGAGUAUAAGCAGCUGAAGGAGACUCUGAAUAAAAUGCCGAAUCUGAAGCAGCCGGAAGAACAUCAACCUGCUGCGACUCAGAGCAGAAAAGCAGAGCAGGGGCAGAAGCAAGAUGUGAGAAGGGUGGAAGGAGUACAGAAAGAAGAGAGGAGGCAUGAAGGCAUGGAUCAGCCUCAAAAAACAGAACAGCAUGAUCAGCUUCACCAUGAAGAAGAAGAAGAAGAAGAGAAAGAACCAGAACAAAACCUGCCUGAUGAAAAUGCAUUAGAGAGGGAGAGUCACAUUGCACAGCCGGUGAGUGCUACUCAGGGAAACCACAUCAAGUCUGCCUAUGAGCAGCAGCAGGAAGAACAGCGGCGUUUAGCUGCUCAGUUGGAGGAGGAACAGCAGCAGCUUCUUCAGAGAAAGGAAGAACUGCAGCGAGAGAGGGAGGAGAGAGAACGAAUGGGGAGAGAGAGGGAGGAGAGAGAACGAAUGGAGAGAGAGAGGGAGGAGCGAGAGCGGAUGGAAAGAGAGAAGGAGGAGAGAAGGCAGCGAGAAGAGCAGCAGCACAGAGAACUCCAGGAACAGCAGCUCCAGGAUGAACAGCUCAGGAAAAAAUCGCUGUAUGUAAAUAUGGAGCCUGGCGUUGUCCAUCAUGAAGAAGAGAAUAAUGUCCACCCCGAGGAAGUGCAGGGACAAGAGGAAGAUAAGCAUGCGCAUCAUGAAGAGCAAACCAUGGAGGCGGACAUUGAUCCAGCAAACGAUCCCAACAAUCAAGGAGAGGACGAGUUUGAGGAAGCUGAGCAGCAGGCCCAUGAGGAUGAGGAGGAAGAAGAGCCAGUGCCUGCAAGACACCCUGAUGCACACUUAAUCAAAGAGAAUCGGCAGCAAGCUCCAGCUGAUGAACAGCUGGUGAUGGCAGGAAAUGCGGACGAACAGGAAGAAAAUUUGGAGGAGCAAUAUCAGGAAGAGGGAGAAGAUGAGGCUCAGGAAGAUUUGGCUGUGCAGCAGAAACCGGAAGAGAGAGGAGUAGAAGAAGCAGAUCCUUACAACGAAGAGAACGGAGAACAGGAUGACGCUAGAGAGCAGGAGGAUAUGGGGCCUGAGAAACAGCCUGCCAAAGAACCUAAUGAGGAGGAGAACUAUGAAGAGGAAGAGGAGGAUCCAGAGGAAGAGGCCCAUCACAGGGCAGAGAUGUGAGCCUUUCCUUUGUGUCCUUUCAUUACUGUAGCAGGAUUAAGCUGCGUGAAGGAGCGAUUCUACUGGGACUUUCACCUUCAUUUGUUGUAACACACCCUUGAGUUGGACAUACUAGACUGAUAUAUUUCGUUCACUGUGCCUUUAUUUUGCUAAUUUGUAAAUGGAGCACUGAUGUGUAAUGAGAAAUCUGAACAACGCUGUAGACAGAAUGUUGAUGAUCGGAGUGCCAUUUUAAAUUUUUUAAAUAUUUAAUGUUUACCAUACAGGUGCAUUUCAAAAAAUUAGAAUAUCGUAGAACAGUUGAAUAUAUGAAAGUUCCACUUUUUGAAAGAUAUUCUAAUUUUUUUAGAUGCACCUGUGUGUGUGUGUGUGUGUGUG